AUGCGUGACGACGGCAUGCUGGAUUCCUUACUUCAAAAGGUCGACGGGAUUCUAGCCCAACAGGCGAACCCGCCUCCCACUUUCUUGGGUACAUAUUCAGCCCCAGAGAUGGUGCCUACAAGUGCGAUGGUUCAAGAUGGCCCACAGGCUGCCCAUGUGCGCAGCUCGACCAACAAAUCGGACCAGGCAAACAACAGUCUCAGCAGCGCUGAUGCCGCAUAUAAUACACCAGAAGCGGAGCUUUUGAACCUGAACGGCAUCAUUUCCGGCAAUAACGACUUUGGCUACGAUGCACUGUACUCGGCCAUGUCAAUACUUGGUGAUGAAUGGUUUCCCGGUUUGCCUGAUGGAAUGGGGAUUUUGUCAGCUGGGUCCAUGCCGUGA